GAGAAGUCGGGAAGGUGGCAGCGGCGGCGGUGGCGGUUGUCCCGCCCGGCCGGUUGGUGUGACCGGUCGGCGCGUGCUGCGCAGCUUCCUCGCCUCGUCCUGCCCGGCGGAGCCGAGCGGAGGCCGAGACCGGAGUCCGCGAGGGCGGAGGGCGGAGGCGGCGGCGGCCAGGGCGGCCCGUGGGAAGGGAGCGCGGGGCCCCGGCAGCGCCGCCGGCUCCCGGCCCUGCCGGCCUCCUCGGUUGGAGCCGCGGCCAUGGCGGCCAGCGCGAAGCGGAAGCAGGAGGAGAAGCACCUGAAGAUGCUGCGGGACAUGACGGGGCUGCCGCACAACCGCAAGUGUUUCGACUGCGACCAGCGCGGCCCCACCUACGUGAACAUGACGGUCGGCUCGUUCGUGUGCACCUCCUGCUCCGGCAGCCUGAGAGGGUUAAAUCCACCUCACAGGGUGAAAUCUAUCUCCAUGACAACAUUUACACAACAGGAAAUUGAAUUCCUGCAAAAACAUGGAAAUGAAGUCUGCAAACAGAUUUGGCUAGGAUUAUUUGAUGAUAGAUCUUCAGCAAUUCCAGACUUCAGGGAUCCACAAAAAGUGAAAGAGUUUCUACAAGAGAAAUAUGAAAAGAAAAGAUGGUAUGUUCCGCCAGAGCAAGCCAAAGUGGUGGCCUCAGUUCAUGCGUCUAUUUCAGGGUCUUCUGCCAGCAGCACAAGCAGCACCCCCGAGGUCAAGCCCCUGAAAUCCCUGUUGGGAGACUCUGCACCAGCACUGCACCUAAAUAAGGGCACACCUAGUCAGUCCCCAGUUGUAGGUCGCUCUCAAGGGCAGCAGCAGGAGAAGAAGCAGUUUGACCUUUUGAGUGAUCUUGGCUCAGACAUCUUUGCUGCUCCAGCUCCUCAGUCAACAGCUACAGCCAAUUUUGCUAACUUUGCACAUUUUAACAGUCAUGCAGCUCAGAAUUCUGCAAAUGCAGACUUUGCAAACUUUGAUGCAUUUGGACAGUCUAGUGGUUCGAGUAAUUUUGGAGGUUUCCCCACAGCAAGUCACUCUUCUUUUCAGCCCCAGACUACAGCAUUUAGAGUACUUUCAUCUAGCUGCAGUUUUGGUGAAUUUACUUCAGCCUUUCCUCUCCAGGCUGCCCACAGUGGAAGUGCUGGAUCAGUAAAUGCUAAUUUUGCUCAUUUUGAUAACUUCCCCAAAUCCUCCAGUGCUGAUUUUGGAACCUUCAGUACAUCCCAGAGUCAUCAGACAGCAUCAACUGUUAGUAAAGUUUCAACAAACAAAGCUGGUUUACAGACAGCAGACAAAUAUGCGGCACUUGCUAAUUUAGACAAUAUCUUCAGUGCUGGGCAAGGAGGUGAUCAAGGGAGUGGUUUUGGGACCACGGGUAAAGCUCCUGUUGGUUCUGUGGUUUCAGUUCCCAGUCAUUCAAGUGCAUCUUCAGACAAGUAUGCAGCCCUGGCAGAGUUAGACAGCGUGUUCAGUUCUGCAGCCACCUCCAGUAAUGCGUACACGCCCACCAGUAAUGCUAGCAGCAGUGUCUUUGGAACAGUGCCUGUGGGUGCCUCUGCUCAGACACAACCUGCUUCAAGUGGUCCUGCUCCGUUUGGGGCUACGCCUUCUACGAAUCCAUUUGUUGCUGCUACUGGUCCUUCUGCGGCAUCGUCUACAAACCCAUUUCAGACCAAUGCCAGAGGAGCAACAGGCCUUUCUGGAGCAAUGCAUUCUCAAGUGUUUCCUCACGCUCAUUUUGCGGCAACCUUUGGCACCGCAUCUAUGAGUAUGCCAGCAGGAUUUGGCACUCCUGCCCAGUAUAGUCUCCCUACCAGCUUUAGUGGCAGUUUCCAGCAGCCUGCCUUCCCAGCCCAAGCAGCUUUCCCUCAGCAGACAGCCUUUUCUCAACAGCCCAAUGGUGCAGGUUUCGCCACAUUUGGACAAACAAAACCAGUGGUAACCCCUUUUGGUCAAGUAGCAGCUGCUGGAGUGUCUAGUAAUCCUUUUAUGACUGGUGCACCAACAGGACAGUUUCCAACAGGAAGCUCAUCAACCAACCCUUUCUUAUAGCCUUAUUUAGACACUGUCCCGGAACGGACUUUUAUGUGAUCAUAUUACAUCUCUUCGCCUCUUGCACUGUUGUCUUGUUUCACUGAUCUUAGCUUUAAACAUGAAAGAAGUCUUUAAAAUGCCUGCAUUGUGUAUUAAACACCAGGUAAUAUGUGCAAAACAGAGGGCUCAGCAACAACUUUUCACUUGUGAAUUGGCAGGAAAAGGUAGCGGCAUCAUGUAAGUUAAAAAUUGGCUAAUGUGAAGUUAUUGCAGAUCCCACAUUCAUUAUGCUGCAGUACUGUACAUAGUUUUCUUAGAAAUUAGCUAUUUGUGCAUAUCAGUAUUUGUAACUUUAACACAUGUUAUGUGAGAAAUGUUACUGGGGAAAUAGAUCGGCCACUUUUAAGGUGCUGUCAUAUAGCUUGGAAUGAAUGAUUAAAAUCAUCUGAAGCAUUGCUUCUGGAAAAUUCAAAUUGGAAGGUUUUAUUCAUUUUUGAAUUUUUCCUUCUCAAGAGCUCUUCUAUUCAUACACGGCUAAGUUCUUUAAAGAUGUGGAGGACACCUGUCUGCGGAAUAAAGCUGAUCAUGUUUUGCUACAGUUUGCAGGUGAACAAAAUAAAUCUUAGAAAAUAUGCUAUUGUUUUUGUGUUCUUGCUGCAAUGCCUUUACCAAAGUGGCCUUAAAUAAUGAGUAGUGAGUUGAGAACAUCUUGAACUCUUAAAGACUUCUAGUGACUAACUUUUUUAAAAAGGCCAUGUAGAAAAUUUAUUAAAACUACUAGGACUGCUAUAUUCAGGAAUGUGACAGUGGAAAAGCAUUUAAAUGUAGCUUGUCAGAUUCACCAUGCUACUUCUAAUUUCUCUGCAACUUCUUAAUUUUGUGAAAUUUGUAAAUAUGGAGAAUUUGCAUGUAUGUGUAUUUACAAAUAUUUUUUAAAGAUCUUGAAUUCUCAGACUGGAAAAGGCCUACUUUAACUAUUUUUCCCUCUGUUUUCAUUGUCUUUGAAUGUAUUGGAAGCAGACAUGCAUUGACUGUGACAUGGUUGCACCUGAGGUUCCCCCCUCACUUUCUGGACAGACUGAUACUAUCUAUCAAACAUUUGUUUUUGUUGGUUUGGGGAUAAAGAAAAAGGAACCCAAUGUUACCUUAAAGUGAUGAAAUACUUGUGUAAAAAGGUAGCAGUACUAAUUUUAGUUUAUCUUUUUGUUAAUAUUCAAAUGAACUGUUUAAAUAUUUAUAUGUAGUAAAGCCUCGUUCAUCCCAGGAUAAUCUGGCCCUUUCAUCAAAACCAAAUACAACUAAGAAUUGAAAUGAUUAAAAAGAAAUCUUUGAACAAUA